CACCAGUGGCCAGUCAUGAAGUUCCUCGUGCUCACUCUGCUCUUUGCAGCGGCUCUCGCCGGACCCUCACGCAAGGUUUGGCGUCGCCCCAACAAUUACAAGAUUGUUGGUGGUACCGAUGCUGAGCCUGGUGAGUUCCCCUACCAGCUAAGCUUCCAGGAUCUCUCCUACGGUGAUCCUUGGCACUUCUGUGGGGCCUCCAUCUACACGGAGGAGUGGGCCAUCACUGCUGGCCACUGUGUCUAUGGUCAAGACUUGAACAAUCCUGAUUAUCUCCAGGUUGUGGCUGGUGAGUGGGACAUGUCUGUAGAUGGGAACGAGCAGACGUCUAUCCUGCAAAAGAUCAUUCACCACGAAGAUUUCAACGAAUUUUACCUGCACAACGACAUAGCUCUCCUUCAUCUGUCUACACCUCUUACUUUCAACGAAAACGUCUCAGCAAUUGCCCUUCCAGAGCAAGGUCAUACAGCCACUGGCGACUGUAUCGUCACCGGCUGGGGCACGACCAGCGAGGGAGGAGACACCCCAACCAUCCUGCAGAAGGUGACUGUCCCUAUUGUGACAGACGAAGAGUGCAUCGCUGAUUAUGGCGAGGGAGAGAUUGACGAUUCCAUGAUCUGCGCCGGUGUUCCUGAGGGAGGGAAGGACUCCUGCCAGGGUGACUCUGGCGGACCUUUGGCCUGCAGUGACAUCCAGUCUACCUAUCUGGCCGGUAUUGUAUCUUGGGGCUACGGCUGCGCUCGUCCCGGCUACCCCGGCGUCUACACUGAGGUGUCUUACCAUGUCGACUGGGUUAAGGCAAAUGCAGUGCCAGCCAUGAAGUUCCUCGUGUUCUGUCUGCUCCUCGCCGGGGCUCUCGCCGCCCCCAGCCGCAGGCUGAGAUUCCCACCAAACAAUUACAAGAUCGUCGGUGGCGAAGACGCCAAGCAAGGCGAGUUCCCCUACCAACUCAGCUUCCAGGAAACGUUUCUAGGGAUUUCUUUCCAUUUCUGCGGAGCUUCCAUCUACAAUGAAAACUAUGCCAUCACUGCUGGCCACUGCGUCUACGGCGAUAACUACGACAACCCAAGUGGCCUCCAGAUUGUGGCUGGAGACCUCGACUUGAGUCUUUUGGAAGGACCGGAGCAGACAGUCAGGGUGGCGAAGAUAAUCCUGCAUGAGGACUUCGACUACGACCUUCUUAUUAAUGACAUCUCUCUUCUUAAGCUGGCUGAACCCCUCACGUUCAACGAGAACGUCGGUCCCAUUGAUCUUCCAGAACAAGGUCAUGCAGCCAGUGGUGACGUCAUUAUCACAGGCUGGGGUACCACAACCGAGGGAGGAAGCACUCCUGAUGUGCUGCAGAAGGUGACUAUCCCUCUAGUGACAGACGAAGAGUGCCGAGCUGAUUAUGGUGCUGAUGAGAUCUAUGAUUCCAUGAUCUGCGCCGGUGUUCCUGAGGGAGGGGUGGACUCCUGCCAGGGUGACUCUGGUGGACCUCUGGCCGCCAGCGACACCCAGUCCACCUAUCUGGCCGGUAUUGUGUCUUGGGGCUACGGCUGCGCUCGUCCCGGCUACCCCGGCGUCUACACUGAGGUGGCCUACUUCGUCGAUUGGGUCAAACAGAAUGCAGUGUCCAUGAAGUUCCUCGUGUUCUGUCUGCUCCUCGCCGGGGCUCUCGCCGCCCCUUCCAUCAGGCUGAGGUUCCCUCGGACCAAUUACAAGAUCGUUGGUGGCACAGACGCCACGCUCGGGGAGUUCCCAUACCAACUCAGCUUCCAGGAUAGCUCUUACAAUCCAGCAUUCCAUUUCUGUGGAGCUUCCAUCUAUGAUGAAAACCAUGCCAUCACUGCUGGUCACUGUGUCUACGGUGAAAAUUACAACAACCCCAGAAACCUCCAGAUUGUGGCUGGAGAACUUAACUUGAGCGAAAAUGAUGGAUCGGAGCAGACCAUUAAGGUAUCAAAGAUCACCCUUCAUGAGAACUUCGACUACUCCCUGCUUGAUAAUGACAUCGCUAUUCUUCAUCUGGCUUCACCCCUGACUUUCAAUAGUAACGUCGCACCCAUUGCUCUUCCGGCACAAGGACAUACAGCCACUGGUAACUCCAUUGUCACAGGCUGGGGCACCACAAGCGAGGGAGGAAACAGUCCUGAUGUGCUGCAGAAGGUGACUAUCCCUCUCCUGACUGACGCAGAGUGCCGUGAUGAUUAUAGUGUUAGUGAGAUUUAUGAUUCCAUGAUCUGCGCCGGUGUUCCUGAGGGAGGGGUGGACUCCUGCCAGGGUGACUCUGGUGGACCUCUUGCAGCCAGCGAUACCGGGUCUACCUAUCUGGCCGGUAUUGUGUCUUGGGGCUACGGCUGCGCUCGUCCCGGCUACCCCGGCGUCUACACUGAGGUGUCCUACUUCGUCAACUGGGUCGAAGCGAAUGCAGUGUCCAUGAAGUUCCUCGUGUUCUGUUUGUUCCUCGCCGGGGCUCUCGCCGCCCCUUCCAUCAGGCUGAGGUUCCCUCGGACCAAUUACAAGAUCGUUGGUGGCACAGACGCCACGCUCGGGGAGUUCCCAUACCAACUCAGCUUCCAGGAUAGCUCUUACAAUCCUGCAUUCCAUUUCUGCGGAGCUUCCAUCUAUGAUGAAAACCAUGCCAUCACUGCUGGUCACUGUGUCUACGGUGAAAAUUACAACAACCCUAGAAACCUCCAGAUUGUGGCUGGAGAACUUAACUUGAGCGAAAAUGAUGGAUCGGAGCAGACCAUUAAGGUAUCAAAGAUCACCCUUCAUGAGAACUUCGACUACUCCCUGCUUGAUAAUGACAUCGCUAUUCUUCAUCUGGCUUCACCCCUGACUUUCAAUAGUAACGUGGCUCCCAUUGCUCUUCCGGCACAAGGACAUACAGCCACUGGUAACUCCAUUGUCACAGGCUGGGGCACCACAAGCGAGGGAGGAAACAGUCCUGAUGUGCUGCAGAAGGUGACUAUCCCUCUCCUGACUGACGCAGAGUGCCGUGAUGAUUAUAGUGUUAGUGAGAUUUAUGAUUCCAUGAUCUGCGCCGGUGUUCCUGAGGGAGGGGUGGACUCCUGCCAGGGUGACUCUGGUGGACCUCUGGCAGCCAGCGAUACCGGGUCUACCUAUCUGGCCGGUAUUGUGUCUUGGGGCUACGGCUGCGCUCGUCCCGGCUACCCCGGCGUCUACACUGAGGUGUCCUACUUCGUCAACUGGGUCGAAGCGAAUGCAGUUUAUUUGAAUGUUAAUAGUAACACUGUUUACACUGCAUUUGCCUUAACCCAGUCGACAUGGAAAGCAAUAACUAACCUGGAGGUUUUUAGGGCUGUCAUAAUUUUCACCGUAGACACAGUGACCAGCAGUGAUGGCAUGGUUUUCAUCAUAGAUGGAAGCUCCGCAGAAAUGGAAUGCAGGAUUGUAAGAGUUAUCCUGGAAGCUGAGUUGGUAUGGGAACUCCCCGAGCGUGGCGUCUGUGCCACCAACGAUCUUGUAAUUGCCAUGAAGUUCCUCGUGUUCUGUCUGCUCCUCGCCGGGGCUCUCGCCGCCCCUUCCAUGAGGCUGAGGUUCCCUCGGACCAAUUACAAGAUCGUUGGUGGCACAGACGCCACGCUCGGGGAGUUCCCAUACCAACUCAGCUUCCAGGAUAACUCUUACAAUCCUGCAUUCCAUUUCUGCGGAGCUUCCAUCUAUGAUGAAAACCAUGCCAUCACUGCUGGUCACUGUGUCUACGGUGAAAAUUAUGACAGCCCUAAAAACCUCCAGAUUGUGGCUGGAGAACUGGACUUGAGCUCGGAUGAUGGAUCGGAGCAGACCAUUGCAGUGUCAAAAAUUACCCUUCACGAGAACUUCGACUACUUCGUUCUGGAUAGUGACAUCGCUAUUCUUCACCUGGCCUCACCUCUGACUUUCAACAAUAACGUGGCUCCCAUUGCUCUUCCGGAACAAGGACAUACAGCCACUGGUGACUCCAUUGUCACAGGCUGGGGAACCACAAGCGAGGGAGGAAGCACUCCUGAUGUGCUGCAGAAGGUGACAAUCCCUAUCGUGACUGACGCAGAAUGCCGAGAUGAUUAUGGUGCUAGUGAGAUUUUGGAUUCCAUGAUCUGCGCCGGUGUUCCUGAGGGAGGGGUGGACUCCUGCCAGGGUGACUCUGGUGGACCUCUUGCAGCCAGCGAUACCGGGUCUACCUAUCUGGCCGGUAUUGUUUCUUGGGGCUACGGCUGCGCUCGUCCCGGCUACCCCGGCGUCUACACUGAGGUGUCUUACCAUGUCGACUGGGUCAAACAGAAUGCAGUGAUAAUUCCAUUUCAUCAUCGACCCAUUGGGGGGUUGAAAGUUCGGGUUUCACUGAUAAGAGCCGAUAAAGAGAAUGCCAUGAAGUUCCUCGUGUUCUGUCUGCUCCUCGCCGGGGCUCUCGCCGCCCCUUCCAUGAGGCUGAGGUUCCCUCGGACCAAUUACAAGAUCGUUGGUGGCACAGACGCCACGCUCGGGGAGUUCCCAUACCAACUCAGCUUCCAGGAUAACUCUUACAAUCCUGCAUUCCAUUUCUGCGGAGCUUCCAUCUAUGAUGAAAACCAUGCCAUCACUGCUGGUCACUGUGUCUACGGUGAAAAUUAUGACAGCCCUAAAAACCUCCAGAUUGUGGCUGGAGAACUGAACUUGAGCGCGGAUGAUGGAUCGGAGCAGACCAUUGCCGUGUCAAAAAUCACCCUUCACGAGAACUUCGACUACUUCGUUCUGGAUAGUGACAUCGCUAUUCUUCACCUGGCCUCACCCCUGACUUUCAACAAUAACGUGGCUCCCAUUGCUCUUCCGGAACAAGGACAUACAGCCACUGGUGACUCCAUUAUCACAGGCUGGGGAACCACAAGCGAGGGAGGAAGCACUCCUGAUGUGCUGCAGAAGGUGACAAUCCCUAUCGUGACUGACGCAGAGUGCCGAGAUGAUUAUGGUGCUAGUGAGAUUUUGGAUUCCAUGAUCUGCGCCGGUGUUCCUGAGGGAGGGGUGGACUCCUGCCAGGGUGACUCUGGUGGACCUCUUGCAGCCAGCGAUACCGGGUCUACCUAUCUGGCCGGUAUUGUUUCUUGGGGCUACGGCUGCGCUCGUCCCGGCUACCCCGGCGUCUACACUGAGGUGUCUUACCAUGUCGACUGGGUCAAACAGAAUGCAGUGUAAACAGUGGUACUAUUAACAUUCAAAUUAAUUGCAUGUCAAUAAAUAUAAAAUUUUA